CAGGCGCAGACCGGCUGGCAGGCCCAGGCAUGGCGGCGUUCGUGCUGCUGAGGCGCUGCGCGCAGAGGGCGCCGGGCCUGCCCAGGCCGGCUAGCGGAGAGGCCGCCGGGCCAGGUCAUUUGGAGAACCUUGCUUGUCUUAACUGUUCCUCCGUGAGGCUAACAAAAGACUUGCCUGCCCAUUUUAAAUAUUGCACUAAUAUCUCACCUUACGUUUAUUGUACAAAAGAUAGCUAUGCUUGGACAAAAGGAUCAGAGGAAAGGCAGGGGGUAGCCCUGAGGUUGUUUGACUCCUGGUGGCGAUCCCCCGACAGAGGGGUCCCGGGACCUUGUUGGGUUGCAGUAAGGAAGUGGCACUCGUCAGCAUCCAGAAACGACGACUCCGUCAUAGAAAAAUCGCUGAAGUCUCUUAAAGACAAAAGCAAGAAGUUGGAAGAAGGAGGGCCUGUGUACAGCCCAACAGUAGAAAAAACCAUAGUUAAAAAAUCCAUUGGGCAGAAGGUCAUCGAUGAGGUGAAGCAUUACUACCACGGCUUUCGGCUGUUGUGGAUCGAUUCCAAGAUUGCUGCGCGGAUGCUCUGGCAGAUCCUUCACGGCAGCUCCAUGAGCCGCCGGGAACGCAGACAGUUCCUCCGGAUCUGCGCUGACCUCUUCCGCCUGGUCCCUUUUCUCGUCUUCAUCGUCGUUCCUUUCAUGGAGUUCUUGCUUCCCGUAGCUUUGAAGCUGUUCCCCAGCAUGCUUCCUUCCACAUUUGAGACAAACUCUAAGAAGGAAGAGAGGUUGAAGAAAGAACUGAGAGUAAAGCUCGAAGUGGCUAAAUUUCUUCAAGAUACCAUCGAAGAGAUUGCCUUAAAAAAUAAAGCAGCUAAAGGGAACGCUACUAAAGAUUUCUCAACCUUCUUUCAAAAGAUACGCGAAACUGGUGAGAGGCCAAGUAACGAAGAGAUUUUACGGUUUUCUAAACUGUUUGAAGACGAGCUGACCCUCGACAACCUCACACGGCCCCAGCUGGUGGCUCUGUGCAAACUUCUGGAACUUCAGUCGAUUGGAACAAACAACUUCCUUCGCUUCCAGCUAAUAAUGAGACUGAGAAGUAUCAAAGCAGACGAUAAACUGAUCACUGAGGAAGGCAUGGAUAGCCUGACGGUGAAAGAGCUACAAGCAGCCUGCCGAGCGAGGGGCAUGCGAGCCCUCGGGGUCACGGAAGAGCGCUUAAAGGAUCAGCUGAAGCAGUGGUUAGACUUGCAUCUGAAUCAGGAAAUCCCAACUUCACUGCUGAUAUUAUCCAGAGCUCUCUACCUCCCGGAAACGCUCUCGCCGGCUGACCAGUUGAAAACAACUUUGCAAAUACUCCCCGAGAACGUGGCAAAAGAGGCCCAGGUGAAAGCGGCAGAGGUGGAAGGAGAACAGAUCGACAACAAAGCCAGGCUGGAAGCAACUCUCCAAGAGGAGGAAGCAAUCAGGAAAGAACACCAGGAGAAAGAGUUGGAAAAGCUCUCCGAAGCGGCUGAAAAAGCCAAAGAGACUCUCCAUGCGGCGGAAAGGGAGGUGAUAGUAGAUCUGGAUUCCUCAGCUCUGAACCAAGGCUCUGUAGAUGCUGCCGCUGAACGAGAACUGGCAAGUGUGAAUUUAGCCCUGCAGUCAGAGGUUUUGAAAGAUACGGCCCCGGUAUUGGAAGGCACGAAGGGCGAAGAAAUAACAAAGGAAGAGAUUGAUAUGCUAAGCGAUGCUUGCACUAAACUGAAGGAACAAAAGAAAUUGCUGACAAAGGAGAAGGAGGAACUGGAGGACCUCAAGGACGAUGUGCAGGAAUACAGCGAGGAUCUGCAGGAAAUCAAGGAGCUGUCCAAGAGCGGGCCAGAAGACCUCGUGGAGGAAUCCAAAGCCAGCAAGAGGCUGACUAAAAGAGUGAACCGAAUGAUUGGGCAGAUGGAUAGAAUUAUUCAGGAGCUGGAGAGAGAUGCUAGCGCCCCCAUUGGGCUGCGUUUCCCAUUUAGGGAGAACCUCAUCAGCAUCCACGACCUCAUUAACGUGUUGAAGCAGCUUCAGGAAAUACCCGAAAGCAAACUGAACAAGCUGGCUGAAGCGCUGGAUGAGAACAAGGACGGCAAGAUCAACCUGGAUGACGUGGUCAAGGUGAUAGAAUUGAUCGACAAGGAGGAUAUUGAUAUCUCCACCAAGCAAGUAGCGGAGAUCGUGUCUCUGCUGCAGAAGGAGGAAAAGCUAGAAGUCAUGGAGAAGAGCAAAGAAACGGGGGAGAAGGAAGCUGCAGAAGUGAAGAUUUAACCUCCACAGAAGUUCAACGGUUAAAUAAGACCUCAUGGGCACCUUAGUCAGCACUUAGUAGUGGUGAGAUGAAGAAGUCUGGUAGUUUUCCAAAUAAUCAAAGAUAAAGUAAUUUUCUGGAGCUAGGGAGACAUUUCUCUGACCAAACAGAGACUAGGGAUCAUUCCAUGAAAUAGAAUCCGUUCUGAUCUUCUAAGAUAUCAACCCAUCUUCUACGGUGAUGUUGAUUCUCUGGUAGGGUAUGUUGACUUAGUCUCUCUGUCUCCCAGUUGUGAUAUAAAUUUAGAAAUUGCUUUGCAAUGCAAAAGGAAUCGCUACUCCUUUUAAAACAAUGUUACAUUUGCUUGUCACAGAGAUAACAUUUUUCUUCUUUGGAAAGUGAACACUUCUACCGCAAAAUCUCCAACACUGAUAAAUCACUCAGAAAUGGCUAAAUCUAGAUGAAAAUUGGUUUUGUAAUUAUUUUGUGUUAACGUGUAGAAUUGCACUGAAUCCAUAUUUUUUUUUUAAAAAAAAUCCCUCUUGAACAUUUUUAUUUUGGCUUGGUUGAUUUCUCAGUGUUAAAAAAGAGAAUAUAUUGCACCAUGUGGCUAACAAUGCACACAAUUUUUAAAAGUGUUUAAAUUCUCUCAUCCCUCUGUAAUCCCACUAAUCUUUGUCUCAAGUCUUACCCAUUUAUCCAGUUUCACUGAUAUAUAAUCUGGACUCCGAGAGUUUGCAGAUCAGACGUCAGCUGGCUACAAGGCGACUUGGAAAUUGUGAAAAAGAAAAUCUACCAAAUCACUGUUUAUGUAAUAGGUAUACUUAACUAGGAGAUUUUUCACCUUGGGUAUGAAAUAACUAAUUCAACAUACUGGAAACGUCAUAAAAAUGGCCUAUAGAAUCACCAGAAUUAAAGGCUGCUAAUAAGUAUCUCCCUUAGUUUGACUUUGCUUUUGAUCUAGCCUGUUCUGCUGUGAUAGUUCGCUAGCUUUUCCAUGCAGGUUUUCUUAAGCAGCCUUUCAAAGCAUUUAGGGGGGGGGGCUUAUGUUGUUCUGAGGGGUGGAGGUGAUUCCAAGUCUGUUUCCAGAAAUAGAUGAUGUUGAAAUUGGUAAAUUGAGCCUGUUUUCAAUCAUGAUGCUGAGGCUUUGUCAGGGCUCAGAAGCAGGGUUUGCGUUGCCUUCCUUUAAUUGAGUUGCAAUACGGAAACACCCUCAGCCUACCAGACAUGAGAUCAGAAUUAAUAGAAAACAUAUUUUAGAUCCCAGUUUGGAGGAAUUAAAAUUACAAACUCUGACAGUUGGUAGAUCUGUCACCCUUUUCUAUUUUUGCUGCGGCCUUGGUGCCGUUGGCAGGCGUGGUGCAGACUUAGCCCAUUUAUUUUCACGUUCCUCUUUCAGUUGUGAUACGCAUUGAUUUUAUGGGAAGCAGUGUCUUGCGACAUUAGAAGUUCCUUUUAGGCGGAUUUCGUGAAACGUGUUUCAUGACGGGUGUGUUGGCAGCUGAAUUUGGAUCAGAAGUGAAAACCUUCCAUAGCAACUUCAAAAUCCCUGGAGAUAAAUGCCCUUUUCACAGCAUGCAAAAUGGACCGUAAUUUUUAUUGCAUGCUUAUUCCUGUGACAAAUUAGCAAAAGGGAGCACAACUCUACUAUCUAUCCAAGUGCCUGCUCUGAAUUCCAGAGAGAAUCACUGCGGAGGGCAAAAGGAAAAAAGGUUGAACAUUCUUACAACUCUACUUCACAACAGGUCAGGUUGCAGCGGCUAGUUCAUGCUACAAAGUACAUCUGUCAGAUCUGUGUACUUGCCCUUUUGGCAUUGUUGCAGAGGACGUGGAAAGCCACACCUAAGCUAAAACACGCCUUGCCUGUUUUAGACUGGAAGCAGCUAUUGGAAAUAGUUGUGUGCAUACACAACAUCUGGAGGCAUUACAGUGAUUAAGUUCAUAAUGUAGAUACUAAGAUUUCUGUUGUCUGGUGCUCACGUUGUGUGUAAGUUGGUCUCUGUUCUGAAGGAAGCCACCGUGAUAGCUUUCCAUUCCGCUUUCCGUUCCAGCGCCAUAUUGCUGCCGUUCCCCUUUGUCCAAACCUUGGCUGUGAUGUAGUAAGGAAUUGUCGUUUUUGCAAUCACGUGUAGACAGUUGUGUGUUUUGCAGGGGCAACGGAACACAAGACGAUGGGAGAUCGGAGCUACCUCAUCUGCCCUUUGGCCAUAACGGCGUUAGUAACCGAGUUAAUCUUUUAGCAAAGAGAAGAGAAAGGCUGCAUCUCAGAGAUGGGAUGCUUAGUUGCUGGCAAGCAUGAACUUCAGAGAAGGUGUGGAUUCCAUUUAUGAGGGUCUUGAGGGAGGAGAUGACUUUCAGGCCCCCUCCUGUCCCCUCAGGUGACUUUCAGUGCCUUUACCAACAACGUGGUCUUCUUUCUUCGGUCACGAGUAGAGGCAGAUAAAUAGUUGGCUUUUCAACCCUGUCACAUUGGUCCUUCAGUUGGGUUCUGUUUCAUUUUAACUCCAGUACCUUUUAUAAGUAGAUCUGACAAGAACUUUUAUAGCUGAUGGUAUAUAUCUUUUUUUUUUUUAACGGAAGCAAGUAAUGGGCUUCUUGUUUUACAUGUAGAAAUUGCCAGAACUCCAUUUACAGCUGGAAAAAUUCCAGUCUGCGGCAUCCACUCUGUUUACAGCUUAAGCCAGCGAGCCCCAAUCUUUUGGGCACCAGGGACCGGCUCCACGGAGAGAGGUUUUUCCACGGACUGGAGGGGGCCUGGUUCCACGUGCUGCCUGCAUCCCCUGGAUGGGGCUUUGCUUGUUUGUGUGUGCCAAUUUCUGGCAUGCUAUGGAUCGCUGCCAGUGGGGACCCUUGGCUUAGACGAAUCGACCGUCCGUCUCAAUAUAACACAGCUUUUUAACUUUGCUAUAUGAUACAUAAAGGACAAUGCAGAUUAAUCAUAAACUUUCUGUAUUUAUGGGUUGAUAAGCUGGUGUUAGGAAAAUAUACAUACUAUUAGGCAUACUUUGCCCUUUGUACAAGUGUAUAGACAUGCACACAUAUCUUUCUGGUGGAUAAGGAUAAAUAUCACUUGGAUUUUAAUGCAAAAUUGUUGUACAGGUUUAGAGACGUGUCGGCCUAAAAUAGGAAAGAGGUCGUGUUUUCAAUAAGCAUUAAUUUUCAGCUAUAGAAAUAAAGUCUGAGGAGUAGUAACUGGUAAUUAACUUCAGAUGCAGAAUAUGAAAGAUGUGACAUUUCA